GGGAGGGAGAGAGAGAGACUCGUGCGAAGUACAGACUACAAAGAGAAGAGAGAGGCUAAGGAGCUUGUGGGUACUACUGUGAGUGACUGAAGAGUGCACCAGAAGCUCGUCGAAGCUCUGAUUUUGAGGCAUAUUUGAGAGAGAUAGAGAGUGAGAGAAGGGAGAGAGAGAGGAGUGUUGUGCAAGCAUCACGCAUACAUAGAAAGUGGCCUGGCCGUCAUCAAUUCACCCAUUUCAGCUUUGCAUUGAGGGUCUCUUCCCAGGGGAAAACGCUAGAAAACAGCACAGUCGCUUUGAAGUUUCCAGAAACAGAGAAAUAGAUAGCGAGAAGAAAGAACAACACCAGUGAGUUCAUUUUGAUUCUUCCAUCCCCCUCCGGACCCUUUUUCUUCUUUUGAGUCGAUUCUGUGGCUCACCGACUCGCUUUUUCUUGACUCUGAUGAUGCAAAUUUUUAAGCUUUUGCUCUUUGUCUUAUCUUUCUGGGUCUAUUCGCUGUCGCGGGUUAAGGAGAAUAUAAGUUAAAAAUCACCGCACGUCAUUUUUUUCUCGGCUUUCACAAACCCUGUUUCUCGACUCAUCGGAGGUGCCAUUUGCGUUCUUGCGGGGUCGUGUGAGCAUUUCAAAGUUUGCUCCUUUUUCUGAUUGUUAUAAGGAUCGUUGACACGAUCGGGUGCUUUUGAUAUUUAUGGGAAGCGAGUGGGAACGACAGUGAGGCGAUGAAUGAUUAUCUCAUCGUGCAUUCGCAGGCCGUGCUUGUUUGCAUCUGCAGAAAUUUUAAUUUUGUAAUUGAACUUGAUGAAUCGUUGAUCGCUUUUGUUCUGGGUAAGCUGCUUGCUUCUGUUCUUGGAAGGAAGCUUUUGAGAUCUUGACACAAUGCUGGUGAAGAGGACUGGGUCGGUGCAGAAAGAAGUGGGUCAAAUGACGAAAUCGGAUUCUAAUUUACAUUCCAAUUCGCAAUCCGAUCUUAGAAGGCAGAAUUGUAGGAGCAAUUCCCUUUUCAGCAUCCCUGGUCUCUAUGCGGGUUUUAAUCCGCAGGGCUUAGCGGAUGCUGAUUCGGUUAGAAGCCCUACAUCUCCUCUUGAUUUUAUGCUGUUCCCAUAUCUGACUAACCCAGUUAGGUCCCCUCGAUUGCCUUGUGUUGGGCAGCCAAAGAGUUGGGAUUGUAGAAAAGUAGGCUUAAGCAUUGUAGAUUCGCUUGAUGACAAUGGAAACUUAUCUGGCCGGGCUCUCCAGUCAGCUCAUACUGGAAAAAUAGUUUUUGGACCUAAUAUCGGGGUUAAGAAUCAUAAUUUUGAGACCAAUAUCAGUUCCAUCGAGUCACCAAAAUCCCUGCCUAAAGAUUACACAUUCUCUCGUUAUGCCCGUGCCAAAUCUCCUCUCCACUCAAGCAGCAACAACGUUGUUUUUGAAAUUGCAGAUGGCCCUGUAGGACCUGACCCUUUGGGCAAAGUCCGGUCUAGCUCAUUUGAUUCUUGCACGAUAAUGAUUUAUCGUCCUCAAUUGAUUAGAGAAAGUCCAAAAUGGAGUAAGGUUUCGGGUGCUAGUCUGACUUCCAUCCCUCUGUCUAUUGAUCCUGGCAGUGGGUUCGCUGAUUCUCUUUCGGCGAGCGAGAUAGAACUGUCUGAGGAUUAUACUUGUGUGAUUUCACAUGGUCCUGAUUCUAAAACCACUCACAUUUACGGUGACUGCAUUUUAGAAUGUCACCCGAAUGAGUUGAACAAUUUUGUCAGGGAGAUAGAGGAAGACACAUUGCCUCGAGCGAAAAACUCAGAAACUCCUGCUUUGUAUUCUCAUGAUGACUUCUUGAGCUUCUGUCAUGCAUGCAAGAAGCCAUUGCCAGAGGGCGAAGAUAUCUACAUAUACAGAGGCGAGAAAGCAUUCUGCAGUGUGGAAUGUCGUUCAAAGGAGAUUUUGUCCGACGAGAUUGAGGAAGCUGUGGAUGAUUAUGAUAAGUCGCCGAAGUCCAAAAGCGGAGAUGGGCUUUUUCAAAGUGGCUCUUUUCUCCCUUCAUAGUAACCAUUCAUGUCGUCCCCGUGGCCACCAUGCCCAUGAUUGCCGGAACAAAUACUGAGGUAGAUGCCCCAGAUCGUCCGUUUACAAAAGAGCUGUUUUUGUGUGCAUCAGUUAGCAGCCAUGGAUGAUCAAUUUUGUACAUUUCUCUCUUCACCGAAAGGGAUUCAGCUUUCAUGGUCUCGGUGGUGGCAACUAUCUGCUACAGCUUUUUUUGGCUUUUUGGAAGAGACAUGACCGUAUUAUAUGCCGUUAUAACUCAUACUAUAUCGCAUAAUCAUUUUGCAUUUGAAAUGGGUGUUAGCUGAUUUUUAUGGCUCCCCAUCCCCAUCUAUAUCCCCUACAUUUUUUCUUCCGGGGUAAACUUUUGCUGUAAUAGCAGCCGACUAAACGUGCUUUUUGAUAAUAGUAUCAAGUUGCUGUUCUAAGAUCA